CCCGCAGCCGACUCUUCGCGGACCCGCGUCCUCCGCCGGCCCGGCCGAGACCCCAACCCCACCCCCACCCCGCGCCCAGUGACUCCACCCUGGGGCUGCGCGGUCUAAGUCUGGCUAGCACUGCUCGACCCGCAUAUUUCGCUGCCGCCAUGACCCCCGCCUCCCCUCCGCGGUUCGGGCCCUAGGGACGCGGACUCCCGGCCCGAGGCCCCUGAUCUGCCCCCGCCCCCGGUCCGCCUGGAUGGCGUCUCUCCCGCCCCCCAUCUUCCGUCAAACUUCUCCUGCCAGCCGCGGGGGCACGUGUGAAGGGAAGUUGGGGGCCCGGCAGCAGCCUGUUUCCGAAGCGUCUUGAAAGCCCAGAAGACCUUUCCCGAGGGCCUGGCAUAACCCGGCGGAAGAGCCCCCAGGUCACCCCCAACAUCUGUGCUGGAGGGCGUUUGGGGGUGGGAAAUAGGUUCCUCCCUAUUUAUUCUACAGUUUACUGCCCUGGGAACUACACCCUCCAGAAAAAAAAUUAAUAAAAUAACUAAAGUCAUGUGCGAGGAUUGUGCUUGGAGAAUGGCCUCUGGGGAGGGGAAGUGCCUGAGACACCUGAGGAUUCUAGAAUGUUUCCAAACAAAGAGCCCCUGGGUACUUUCUCCAGGGAAUUCAGAAGACUUCAUCUGCUCCAUUAGGGCAGUGAGAAGAAGCUGCACAGACGAACCUGAUGGCCCCAGGGACCUGCCUUAUCCCAGCUGAUCUUUGCAGUUGGAGAGUUACCUCCUGCCUCUGGGCGCUGUCACAUGUUGGAUUGAGUAUUAGAUGAUAGUCAUGAUUGAUAGCCACAGCUUCUUCAAAAAAGCCUGGGACAAGUUGGGUGUUUCAGAUAGCUUUACUUGGGCUGUACCAAGAUCUGCAUUCCUCCAAGCCCUAGGUAGGAAGGCUCAGACCUCUAAUGUCCACUUGACUCAUCAUCCUAUCUGGGGCUUUUGGCCCCCACUUUCCUCAGACCUUGGGCUCUUGGCCAUCUGGUUACCUAAAGAUAUGUCAUGAGCAGCUACUACUUAUCAGCUUUUUAGUUUCUGUUGAAGAAAAGUUUGGCUCUUUCCCUGGGAUUGGUCUCCAUGUGUCUGGAGCUAGGAAUUGGGCUGCUAAGUAGCAUGUCUGAGGACUCUGAAAGCAGAACUUAUGGUGGACAGAUUCCUCUACUCCACCUCACCUCUGUACUUGAGCACAAACAGCUGAAGAAACAGAGAUGGGCAUGGAUAUUCAGUGUGCCAAGCACUGGUUUGCGGAUACCCAGGCAGAUCUGCAGUGCCCAAUGCCAUGAGCGUGGUGGUGCAGCAUGUGGAGGAAAAAGCUGUGCACUCCUGGUCGCGUAUCUCCACGGCAGGGAAGAAGGCCCUGGAAGAGGCGCUGCUUGUCUUUAACCCCAUGAGCCAGGAUCUCAGUGCCACAGAGGCCCAGCUUGUGGCCUUCCUGCAGGGCCUGCGAGAUGAUGGCUUCCAACCUACCAUCCUGCGCAGUGGUGAUGUGUAUGGCUAUAGUUCAUGCACAGCCAACCCCCCAAGCCAGACAAAGCUGCAAGCUCGUGCUCCCAACCCAGCUGCCACAUCACCUCCAGCCAGUGCUCCCCGAACUGCCAUGCGGCUGCCCGCAGGUCGGGCUACACUGCUCCCUAUGCCACUGUCUGGCAGACUGGCCAAAGCGUCCACACCAGCCCUUGCCAAGCAUGCUACUACCAACCUGCUAUUGAGCUCCUUGAAGCAAUCAAGUGCCAACCGUGCCCGGGGUGCAGCGGUGGGCUUCCCCACCCACCUCUAUCCAGGUGUCUACCCUGCCAUGCGGCUCUCUGUUGUUCUUGAAGCCCUGGUUCCGCUCAAGACUCCCAUGCCCUGCUUGGGUGCCAAGCACAAAGCACAGUCACUGCAGCUCUCGCUUGCAGACUCUCCUCUGAAACUGCGGAAAGGUUCAGAAAAGGGUCUGGGGAAACCCCGUUCUAAGGCUCCCAGAAAAACCACAAGCAAGGGCCCUAAGUGUCUGACUCGUAAAGGUCCUGGGGCUGGACCCCGACAAGGCACUGGGCUCCAGAGCAAGACCCACAAAGCCACUGGGUCUCUCAGUGGCCUGCAAAUGAAAGGGAGAUCUGCCCUGGGCACUAAAAGAGCCCAGGCCAAGGCAGUUCGAACACUGGCCAAAGCUGCCUCUGCCCAGGCCAAGAUGGCUCGAACACAGGCCAAGGCCUCAAGAGCUAAGGCCAAGGCAGCACAAGCUAAGGCCAAGGCAGCACAAGUUAAGGCCAAGACUGCACAGGCCAAAGCCAAGGCCAAGGCCAAGGCAGCACGGGCCAGGGCUAAGGCCAAGGCAGUGCGGACCAAGGCCAAGGUCAAAACCAAAACCAAGGCAGCUUGGACCCAGUCCAGGUGCAGGGGCAGGCCAAAGGGGUCUGCUCAGGCUAGAACUGUAAGGAAGGACCAGAAAACCCGCCCUGAGACUGUUGGACAGAAGAGGAAAAGGGCUGAGGAGGCAAAAGAUCUUCCUCCCAAGAAGAGAACACGGCUUGGGCCCGGAUCUCCUAAGGCGUGGCUAGGGCCUGGAACAGCAAAGCUGCUAAAGUUUCGUGCCAUAAAGGUAGAUAAGCGCUCCUCAGAUGACGAGGUGCGGCAGCGGGCUCAACGGAUCCUCCGUAUGAACCUGUCUCCUGUAAUACAGCUGCAGCCGUUGCUGCCAUAUUCAGCACCUUGAUUCCUUCACACAGCAAUGUUUGGGGAAACAGCCUAGCUGUCUUUGUGGCCAGUGGCACAGUGUGCUAUGCCCGAGGACUCCACAACCUCGAGGACUCUGGGUACCUCUCCAGGGCCCUGGCAGCCACCAGCCUCUUUUCAGAAACUGGAGGAUGUGGUGUGGGUUGGGGUGGGCGGGUGGGCAGGGUGUUCUCAUGGCGCGAUGCACUGUGACUUGUUAUUCAAGUUGUAUGUCCACUGUAUCAUCUAUCACGUUUUAUACCUUUCCACCUUCCA